AUAACAGCAGAAUGUGUACUCAUUUGGUGGUUGUUCUGCGUGCUAGAAGGAUAGGCAAAAAGAGCACUACUUUUGAAAAUGAAGAAUUUGAAUGCCUUGUACUUUUGUAUUUUACUUAUAGCGGUAACUGUUGCAAGUGUGUCGUCUAUAAGAUGCUACGUAUGUCUUUCGUGCAGUGAUCCCUUUGAGGAAAGUAGUUCUAUAAUAUCCUCAUGUUCCGGGUCAUGUGUUAAAGGAAAAACGGGCAACACUGUGGUUAGAGGAUGUUCAAACUACAAUGGUGGAGACGAUUGUGUCGAACAGGAUGGCGCUGAAGCGUGUUCAUGUACAUCAGAUCUAUGUAACAGUGCUUCCGGAAUCAGCAUUUCAUUGGCUGUUGUCAGUUUUUCCAUUAUUUGCAUGUUUCUGUGGAUGAACUAAAACAAGAGGAAGUAACUCAGACUGCACAAAUUUAAACUGAUUUUAAAUGUUACCAUAUUAUAUCUUUAAAUACUAUUGAUUACAUCUCUAUAAUAGAUUGUAUUUCAUGACAUAUUUAUCUAAAAUUAUGCUUAUCCAUUUUACAAUAUACUUAUUCUAAAACUAUCUUGUUGUCAUUUCACUGGCUUGUGUUUGCAAUUUUCACAAACACUUAAGGUAUUAGAGCACUAAUAGUAAUGUUUACAGAAUGGCCUUUGCUUGGUAUUUUCUGAAAGGUAACCGUGUUUUGCACUAUUUUGCAAUUUUUGAACAACUUUUACAGUGCCGUUUUUUAUAAAGUUUGUAUAACUUAUGGUAUCUCCUCAAGCUCAAGUAGAGACAAAUUUCAAAGUGAUAGCCACUAUUCAAAACGUUUGCAGAAAACUAAUUUGACCAUUAAUUUUAAUAAAAGAAAUAUCACACUAUUGGUAAACAAUUAUAAGAUACAAAUAAAAAAUGUCAGUAUCCUUUUUUCUAUGGUGCCUCAAUUACACGGAUUUAAUGAGACAGAAUUCAUACUUCAACAUUGAAAAAAUAAGGUCGAAUGCUGUGUUUCUGUUUUGAAUUUUGCUUACUCCAGUUAAAUAUAAUCUUAGGGCAGACGUAAAACCUAUCUAAAUUUCUUCCACAAUAUAUAAUCUAAGAGUGAAAGCAAAACAGAGAACUUUCACCGUGUGUAACUCGAUAUUUUUAAAGAUGUGUAACUCUACCCCUUCUGUUUAAGUAGUAAAUUCACUUUGAGCACCUAGAAAUCGCUUAUAAGAUUCAUCUUUUUCCAUUUUUGUACAAGAAAUCAAUAAUAAGUCUUGAAAGAAGUAAAAACUUACUAGAAAAAAGGAAAAUAAGGAGAGAAAAAUUUGGUCCCAGUAGGGCUUGAACCAACGCCCUCCUAGGAAUUGCAGUAAAAGUAGGUUUAUUGUAGGAAUUGAAUACUCUUCAAAAAGGAGGUUCUCUAUUUGUGAUCUAAUACCUUAACCAUACAAAUAUUGAACAGCAAAAUACAUAUGACUUUGUAUAUGGUGAAAAAUCAUUAAUAAUUUUUUAACAAUGAUAAAUUGCUAUUAACUUAAAAAUUAAAUCUCCCCGAUGAUUAAUUGCAAUUAUUCUAUACAUUCACGUAUAAAUAUUAUUUUGUUCAAAAUUAAAAAAACAAAACACUU